GCUUCUAUGACCAGGGGCUGGGAGCCCGUGACGACCCGCGCGGGACUGCCCUGACCCCGGUACCCUGCCUGCGUGAGGGGACAUGAGUGUCCCUAGACCAUUGCCCCUAGACGGGGACCGGGCAGGGCCAACCAACAGCGCGGAGGCCGGCGAGCCGACGCUGGGAUUAAGUGACACAUCUCCAGAUGAAGGGUUAGUCGAGGAUUUGACUGUAGAAGACAAAGCUGUGGAGCAGUUGGCAGAAGGAUUGCUUUCCCACUACUUGCCAGAUCUGCAGAGAUCCAAGCAGGCCCUGCAGGAACUCACACAGAACCAAGUUGUAUUACUAGAUACAUUGGAACAAGAGAUUUCAAAAUUUAAAGAAUGCCAUUCCAUGUUGGAUAUUAAUGCAUUGUUCGCUGAAGCGAAAUACUACCACGCCAAGCUGGUGUGUAUAAGAAAGGAGAUGCUGCUGCUUCACGAGAAGACAGCCCGGUUAAAGAAAAGAGCACUUAAACUGCAGCAGAAGAGGCAAAAGGAAGAGCUGGAGAGGGAGCAGCAGCGGGAGAAGGAAUUUGAAAGGGAAAAACAGUUAACGGCCAAACCAGCUAAAAGGACAUGAAGAGUUGUGUCUGUGUGCAUUUUCUUUCCUUGUCCCAUAUUCUAUGGAUUUGAGAGGAAGUGUGGAGUGAGGUUUCAGGUAGUGCCUUAUACCUUUAUGGUGGAUGUUUUGAAGUCCUUGUUUCAGGAUUUCUGUGCUCCAUAUCUUCUUUUCAGUCAUUCAAGAAGCCUUUCUUCCUAAGUAGUAGACACAAUAUCACUUGUUCUUAAUAUUGUAUUUUUUCAACUUCUGCUUAAUUUAAAAAUUCAUUUUAUUGAUCUUGGAAUCAUUUAUAAAGUGUAAAAUGCUUUAAGAGUCUCGAUUCAGCCAAGCACUGGUGGCUCAUACCCGUAAUCCUAGCUUCUCAGGAGGCUGAGAUCUUAGGAUCAUAUUUCAUAGCCAGCCUGAGACUCUUAACUCCC